AUGGCCGACAGGGCUUCGUUGGUGGAGCAGGUGAAGGGCAUGCAGCGGUCGGAUCCCUACGGCAGGCAGACGUGGCAGGACUACUGCGAGGCUCACCUGGGUGGCAUCAAGGACCCGAACCGGCAUGACGAGGGCACCCUGUCGACCUUCCUGGGCCUCUACAACAGUGGGGGGCUGCCAGUGUCCGCUCCCAGGCCACAGGAGAAGGGGUAUGGAGGUGGCAAGGGAGGAUGGGGCGGACCUCCGAGCAUGGGCUGGGAGAAGGGUGGUCCGCCCUCUUGGAGAGGAGGCGGUGGCGGUAUGGGAAUGGGUGGCGGAAUGGGCAUGAUGGGUGGUGCGCCGGGCCUGGGGGACUUUGUGAAGACUGGUCAGCGGCAGUCAAAGCACUGGACAAACGCCUGGCAGACCUACUGCGCCCUCUACGGCGGAGGCGUCAAUGAUCCAUUCAAGCAUGACGAGUCCUUUACCAAAGGUUUCAUCGACUAUGUGGGCGAAAUUGCCGCCAAUGGCUUGUCAGCCCUUGCAUCCUCCCAGGGCAUCAACUUAGACGAGAUUCAAGCCCAGAGCACCGCAAAGCGGCCGAUGGCGCUGGGCGGCGGUGGUGGAUACCCGCCUGCGAAGCAGCCACGAAUGGAUUACUCGACUGACUCCGAGAAGAUGGGCCUGGUGGACAAGGUGAAGCACUUGCAGCGGACCAACAUGUCAGCGAAGGAGGCUUGGUGGUCCUACUGCGACAACCAGUGCAACGGCAUGAGGGACCCCAUGCGUCAUGAUGCGGCAUCCCUUGAAGCAUGGCUUGCAUCUCAAGGUGCCGCCUAA